UUUUUUUACUUCAUCAAUUUAAGAAUUUUUAAAAUAUAUUCCUUUAAGAUAUUAAAAAAUUACUAUUAAAAAAUGGCACAUUAUAAAGGAGCAGCUAGUGAAGCUGGCAGAGCAAUGCAAUUAAUGAAAAAAAGAGAAAUAGCUCAGCAAGAGAUAGAAUUAAGAAAAAAGAAAAUUGAAGACGACUUAAAAAUUCAUAAUAUAGAAAACAAAUUUGCAACACAUUAUAAUGCUGUUGAACAACAAUUAAAAACAUCUACUAUUGGUUUAGUUACUUUGAAUGAAAUGAAAGCGAAACAAGAGAAUAUAGUAAAAGAACGAGAAAGAAAAUUGGCACAAAAAGAACGAGAAAAGGAACAAGAAAAAGAAAGAGCACUUGCUGCAAAACAAGCUGAGAAAAAUAAACAAAAAAAGCAAAUACAAGCCUUAUCAUUUAAUUUAUAUGAAGAUGAAAUUGAAUUUUUAGAAGGAGAAACAGAAAAAUCUGAAAUAUUGAAAGAUAAUGAUAUUGGCCCAAUAAUAAAGAAAAUAAAAAAAAAUCCAGAUGUAGAUACAAGUUUCUUACCUGAUAGAGAAAGAGAAGAGGAAGAAAAUAGAUUAAGAGAAGAAUUAAGACAAGAAUGGGCUAGAAAACAAAAUGCAUUAAAAGAGGAAGAGAUUGAAAUAACUUUUAGUUAUUGGGAUGGUUCUGGCCAUAGAAGAAGUGUUAUUAUGAAAAAAGGUAAUUCUAUUUAUCAGCUUCUUCAGAGAUGUCUAGAAGUUUUAAGAAGAGAAUUCAGUGAACUUAAAACGAUUAUGGCUGAUCAGUUAAUGUAUGUUAAAGAAGAUCUUAUUUUGCCACAUCAUUAUACAUUUUAUGACUUUAUUGUAACAAAGGCAAGAGGAAAAAGUGGACCACUUUUUACGUUUGAUGUCCAUGAUGACAUUCGUGUUAUGCAUGAUGCCUCUGUUGAAACAGAAGAAUCUCAUGCUGGAAAAGUAUUGCUUAGAUCUUGGUAUGAAAGAAAUAAACAUAUAUUUCCUGCUAGUAGAUGGGAACCUUUUGAUCCAACAAAAAGUUAUGAUAAAUAUACAGUAUCAGAUAAAAAUAGAAAAAAAGACAAAAUUUAAUGAAAAAUAGAUUGUAUAGGAAAUAAUUGUACAAAAUCUAU